AUGCUCCUGCUGCUGCUGAGCCUCCUGCGCGCAGGUGGUUCGUUGUCACAUGAAGAAUCUUGGCUAAUUGUGAAUAAAGGAGAAGGAUUAAGACUGACGUGCAAUGAGGAGGGACCCGUAAUUUGGAAUUUCCAGAACUCGGACCCACUAGCGAAAGCAAGGAGUUCCAAUGAGAAAGAGUGGUACACCAAAAAUGCAACAACCAGAGACAUAGGCAGAUAUAUAUGCAAAAGCAAGGGGAGGAUUGUCAAAUCUUUUUAUGUUUUUGUUAAAGAUCCGGAUGUGCUCUUCCUUGUUGAUUCUCUGAUAUAUGGAAAAGAGGACAGUGACAUUCUGCUGGUGUGCCCAUUGACAGACCCAGAUGUGGCAAAUUUCACCCUGAGAAGAUGUGAUGGCAAACCCCUCCCCAAGAACAUGAUGUUCAUUCCCAACCCCCAGAAAGGCAUCAUCAUAAAGAAUGUGCAGAGGUCRUUCAAGGGAUGCUAUCAGUGCUUGGCAAAGCAAAAUGGAGUGCAGAAGAUUUCAGAACAUAUAUUCCUGAAUGUGAGGCCAGUUCACAAAACUCUUCCAGUCAUUACCUUAUCCAAAACCUACGAGCUUCUCAAGGAAGGGGAAGAAUUUGAAGUUACGUGCAUAAUCACGGACGUGGAUAGCAGUGUGCUAGCAAGUUGGAUUUCUCACAGAAGCGGGAUUGUUACAAGCAAAAGCAGAAAUUUGGGUGAUUAUGGAUACGAGAGGAAAUUAACAUUGAACAUCCGUUCAGUGGGAGUUAAUGAUUCUGGAGAAUUCACAUGCCAGGCAGAAAACCCUUUUGGAAAAACCAAUGCCACAGUAACCUUGAAAGCGCUAGCUAAAGGAUUUAUCCGUUUGCUUGCAACAAUGAAUACCACAAUAGAUAUCAAUGCAGGACAAAAYGGAAAUUUAACAGUUGAAUAUGAGGCAUAUCCAAAACCGAAGGAAGAAGUGUGGAUGUACAUGAACGAAACACUGCAGAAUUCUUCAGAUCAUUAUGUCAAAUUCAAGACUGUGGGCAAUAACAGCUACACAAGUGAACUUCACCUUACCCGAUUAAAGGGAACAGAAGGAGGCAUUUACACAUUCUUUGUGUCCAAUUCUGAUGCCAGCUCCUCUGUAACGUUCAAUGUCUAUGUGAAAACAAAACCAGAGAUCCUCACUUUGGAUAUACUUAGCAAUGAUAUUCUGCAGUGCGUAGCAGCUGGCUUCCCAGCCCCUACCAUAUACUGGUAUUUUUGCCCAGGGACUGAACAGAGGUGUUUCGAUUCACCAACAGUAUCCCCCAUGGAUGUGAAGAUCAGUUACACCAAUUCCUCAGUGCCGUCCUUCGAAAGGAUCCUGGUUGAGAGCACCAUCAACGUGAGCAUGUUCCGGAGCACCGGCACCGUGUGCUGCGAGGCCUCCAGCAACGGGGACAAGAGUUCUGCUUUUUUCAACUUUGCUAUUAAAGAACAAAUCCGUACCCAUACGCUUUUCACACCUUUGCUGAUAGCKUUUGGAGUAGCUGCAGGACUGAUGUGCAUAAUAGUCAUGAUUCUGGUGUACAUAUAUCUGCAGAAACCGAAAUAUGAAGUUCAGUGGAAAGUUGUUGAAGAAAUAAAUGGGAACAACUAUGUUUACAUAGACCCGACGCAACUUCCUUAUGAUCACAAAUGGGAAUUUCCUAGAAACCGGCUGAGUUUUGGUAAAACUCUCGGUGCUGGAGCUUUUGGAAAGGUUGUCGAAGCCACUGCUUAUGGUCUGUUUAAAUCUGACGCUGCUAUGACAGUGGCAGUAAAAAUGUUGAAGCCAAGUGCCCAUUUAACAGAAAGAGAAGCUUUGAUGUCAGAGCUUAAAGUCCUGAGUUACCUCGGUAACCACAUUAAUAUUGUGAAUCUUCUUGGAGCUUGCACUAUUGGAGGUCCCACUCUGGUGAUUACAGAGUAUUGCUGCUAUGGUGAUCUUUUGAAUUUUCUGAGGCGGAAACGAGAUUCAUUUAUUUGUCCAAAACAUGAAGAGCACACAGAAACGGCAGUUUAUGAGAACUUGUUGCAUCAGACAGAGCCCGCAGCCGAUGUUGUCAAUGAAUACAUGGACAUGAAACCAGGAGUGUCGUAUUCAGUCCCACCAAAAGCUGAUAAAAAAAGACCAGUGAAAUCUGGAUCCUACACUGAUCAGGAUGUUACCCUUUCUAUGUUGGAAGAUGAUGAGCUUGCUCUAGAUGUUGAAGACCUGCUAAGCUUUUCUUACCAGGUGGCAAAGGGCAUGAGCUUCCUUGCCUCCAAAAAUUGCAUUCACAGGGAUCUGGCAGCAAGAAAUAUUCUCCUCACUCAUGGUCGAAUAACAAAAAUCUGUGAYUUUGGCUUGGCAAGAGAUAUAAGGAAUGAUUCAAAUUAUGUGGUCAAAGGAAAUGCCCGACUUCCAGUGAAGUGGAUGGCGCCCGAAAGUAUUUUCAAUUGCGUUUACACCUUUGAAAGUGACGUCUGGUCUUACGGGAUCUUGCUGUGGGAGCUCUUCUCUCUGGGAAGCAGCCCGUAUCCGGGGAUGCCGGUGGACUCCAAGUUCUACAGAAUGAUCAAGGAGGGCUACAGGAUGUUCAGCCCCGAGUGUGCACCGCCUGAAAUGUAUGACAUAAUGAAGAGUUGCUGGGACGCUGAUCCUCUACAGAGACCCACGUUCAAACAGAUCGUCCAGCUGAUUGAGCAGCAGCUUUCGGAUAAUGCCCCCCGGGUUUAUGCAAACUUCUCAACUCCUCCUUCUGGUCAAGGGACCGCUGCGGAUCACUCGGUGCGGAUUAACUCGGUGGGCAGCAGCGCUUCAUCCACCCAGCCCCUCCUGGUACGCGAAGAUGUUUGAGAGAGGAGCUGGUGCCUGGAAGAGGAGGAGCCCGCGUGGAUUCGCUCUUUGAGUUUUGCAGGGAGUGAGAGAGGCAUGGAUGACUUCAAUGAUUUCUCUUCCUUUUACUCACUACUACCACUGUGUAGCUGAAAUGUUGUUGUAAUACUGUCCUUUUACCACACACUGUUACACAUGAACUUAACUCUGCCAAGCACGGUUACAGGCAUCAUUGCAACGUUAACGGAAGCUGUAUAUAUGUUGCUAUAUUGUGUGUAUUUGCAGUAGAGAGCCAGAUCUGAAGAAAAAAAAAAGAAAAAAGAAAAAAGAAAAAAGAAAUCCUGAGCCAGGGUGUGGAAAGAGAUGAAUACACAGAUCAAACCAAAACUGCAGUGGUCCUGCUUGGAUCUCUGCCUGGAAAGCGUUUUGUCAUUUUCUAGUUAACUUCAUUUUGCUGGGUUUAAGAAACAAAUUGAUGUAAAGCUACUUGCUUCACAAGCCCCUUCCACGUGCACCUUUCCCAGGCAGGCAUGGCAGGCUGCAGGCAAUGAAGGUGCUGGACAAGCCAGGACCAGCGAGGGAAGGGAGCAGAUCCCUUGGGCCCUGCCAUGGAAUCUCCUCUGGGAUUGGAACCAGGUGCUAAGAGGGUAGCGCAGACCUCUGCUUUUGCUUCCCACUGCAGAGCCGGAGCUGGAGCCUGGCCGAGGCAGCACUGAGGCUCAGCCACUUCUUUUACUGAUAGUCACRUCCCAAAGUGGUCACCAAAGACAGAUGGGCCCUGCUAGGUUGGUUAAAAUGUGGGAGAGCCGUUUGUAAGAAACUACGUGUGAUGUGCGGAGGAGAGACUGUUAAAUGAGCCGUCUUAUCUAGAGGGAGCAGGAGCAGCAGAUCCUCUCCUGAGGGCCCUUCCUUUAUCUUUCCCUGCCCAGGUGAGUAUUUCCCACAGGCAGGGCAGGAUAGUGCUAUCUGGAGAGGGCUGUUCCCCCCACAUCCCAGGCAUUUCAUCUUCCCAGCUCUGCCCUUGCGCUGGGACUAUAAGGGAGACCAAGUGCUUAGCUGGGGACCAGGGAAUUUCUAAGCAGGACCAAACAAACUCUGCCUUCAGCCUUAUUUUGAAGGCAGGAGGCAUUGGGGUCAGUAUCUGGUUGAGCCUAGGGCUGUGCUGAAGUAUUUCAUAAGCCCUUCCCAUCAUUGCUGGGUCUUCUCUUCCUUCUUUUCCAUCACCUAUAAAUUGGUAAAUGCAUUGAGAGGAGCAUGUCAGAGACAGAGUACUAGUUAAGUACCUAUUUAUUUACAAUGCACUUGAGCACUCUGUAAUUUAUACUUUACCAGGAUUUUCGUUGAGUUUACAUGCAUUUCAAAUGUGUAACUAACUGCCCAAAUGCAAGAUAGUUGUAAAUACACACACUGCUAGUAUAUUUUAGGUUAUAUGGAAUACCACCCUCUUCAUAUGACUGUGCAUUUGGUUUCUUGUUACCGAAAUUUGUCCUUCAGAGCUAGUCAAAAAUCAGCCAUUUGCACUGAACUUACCUAGGCUGUUGCACCUUUCCAAAGUUAGCCAGUUGUUUGGAGGCACUCUUACGCAUACUUGUUGUUGAGCAUUUUCAGUUUAAUGCUAUAAAAGCUCUUUCGUAGUGUGUUGACUUUCAGAGCAACUGUAGACAAACUAGUUGUUAUAAUUAUAGACGUCUCGGUACUUUA